GCCGCGGGGCCUGUGCUCGGGCUCACGACUUCAUGAGGAACAGAUGGCAGGGAAUCCCUCCUGAUGUGUGGAAUGCCACUGAGCCCAGGGUUUCUGAGACUGCACAGCACAAAGGGAAGCCUCACAAGGACCUGAAUUGUACCAAUGCGGACCGUUCCCCAGAUACAGAUGGAGAAGCAAUGCCGUCCAUUCCCUUCCAUUCUCCUCUGCAGCUACACUCAGCUCAAGCCCUGCUGGCUACAGCUGUUGAGCCUGACCAAAGAGGGGAAACAGCUGUGGGAAAUCAGGAACUAGAGAUCGAGGGACGUGGACUCCCAAACCCAGGACUGGGUGUGGAGGGCAAGGGGCCUGACAGCAGAGAAAACUCCAUCUCAUUUCCUGACCUGCCCGCCACCCAGGCUCGAUGGAGGAAAAUAUCUCGAACAUUUCGACCAAUCUCUCAAACACUGAGAAGUUCCCAGAUCACACACAUGGAAGAGGCAGCCCCGGUUGGAAAGGACCUGCACAAGGAAAGCAGCAAAGAGAAGCUGUUUAAAAUAGCUACAGAGCUGCUGCAGACAGAGGAGGCUUAUGUGAGCCGGCUGCACCUGGUGGAUCAGGUUUUCUGCGUUGAGCUCAUGAAGGAAGCCAAGACUGGAAACACCUUUCCGGAGGAAGUGGUGAAGAACAUCUUCUCCAACAUUUCUUCCAUUUAUCUCUUCCACAAGCAGUUCUUCCUGCCGGAGCUGGACAAGAGGAUGCAGGAAUGGGCUGUUAAACCCAGAAUCGGUGACGUUUUACACAAACUGGCACCAUUCUUAAAGAUGUACGGGGAAUACGUGAAGAACUUUGACAAGGCAAUGGACUUGCUGGACACCAUGCUGGAGAAGUGCCAGCCCUUUCGGGAAAUUAUUCAGGAGAUCCAGAAAAAGGAGAUGUGUGGCAGCCUGUCACUGCAGCACCACAUGCUGGAGCCGGUGCAGCGCGUCCCCCGAUACCAGCUCCUCCUGAAGGACUACGUGAAGAAACUACCCCAGGAUUCGCCGGACAGGAGCGAUGCUGAAAAAUCGUUAGAGAUCAUCUUUGAGGCUGCAAACCGAUCCAAUGCUGCUAUUGCGGAGUUAGAGAAGCAGCAGAAGAUGUGGGACGUUUAUGAGAUGCUCGGGGGUGAGGAAGACAUUGUGGAUCCUUCCAAUGAACUACUGAAGGAGGGCUCCAUCCUGAAGGUGUCCGUGCGCUCCAGCUCAACAGCAGAGAGACACUUGUUCUUGUUUAACAAGAUGUUGCUGUACUGCGCCCCGAAGCUGAGCCUGGGCAGUGUAAAGUUCACAGUCAGGAACAAGCUGCCCGUAGACUCCGUGCAGGUCAAGGAGGUGAAUGAUGUCGAGACUCCACAUUGCUUUCUGGUUUCAGGCAAACAGCGAUCGCUGCAACUUCAAGCCAGGUCACAGGAGGAAAUGGAAGCAUGGAUCCAGGCGAUCCAGGAAAGCAUUGUUCUCAGUGAGAGGAAGAUCGACACCUUCAAGGCUGCCUCGCUUGGCCCAGCCUCCCCUGGACACCACGAGGAAGAGCAAGAGUUGGGCAAGCGAGCGCCACGGUGGAUUAGGGACAACCAUGUCACCAUGUGUAUGCGUUGCAAAGAGGCAUUCAACCCCAUCACCAGGCGGCGCCAUCACUGCCGGGCGUGCGGCUACGUUGUAUGUGGGAAAUGCUCUGACUACAAAGCUGAGCUUCAGUAUGACGAGAACCGAACUAACCGCGUGUGCAGGGAUUGCUAUGUGGUGCUGAAGGGAGCAGCGGAAGGUGACGACAGAGAAAAGGAGAAGAAAAAAGGCAUCCUUGAGAAAGAAUCAGCCGAGGCAUCACAGAAUAGCCUGAUGUGCAGCUUCCUUCACUUUACGGAGGGUGUUGGGAAGGCUGUGCUGAAGGCUUUUGUCAUCCCCAGGGAGGAUCCCUUUGUUCUCUACAUGUACAAAGCCCCGCAGGACGUGAAGGCUCAGACCUCCAUCCCACUGCUGGGCUACAGUGCGUGUCCAUCGGCCAACACCGACGCGGGCUUCGGCUUCCAGAUCACCCAGUCCAAGAAAGUCUACACGUUCAUCGCAGAGAGUGCAGAGCAGCGGGAGCGCUGGCUGCAGCUGGUGAGGAAGGUGGCCAGUGGGGGCCGCACCGGGGAGGAGGAGGAAGAGGAUCUCGAGGGGUCGGAAUGAGCAAAGGAACGAGUCAUUCAGCGGUGAUCUGACAACACAGCUGUCACCCGAGCGAUGACAGGAACCUGGGAGGCAGCACAGAGCCCCUCGUCACACACCGACAGGACAACGUUUGGUUACUGAGCCACGAGGGCUGCAGGUCCAAACCCAGCCCCACCCCACCCCACCC